CAAAUAUUUUCUAAUAUUGUCUAAGUACUCUAAAUCUAUUUUAGUUAAACGAGAUUUCUUACUCGUAUUUCUUUGCCUUUGCGUUUUCCAGAUUUAUUUGUUUGGUCAUCUAAACUUUUUUCAGUUGACUCUUGAUAGCUCCUGUUAUCUACCAUGGCUAAGAAAAAAGAUUCCGAGAAGCACGAAGACGGCCAAAGAGGAAAAUACAACAAGGAUGAUGCCGACGCCAAUGAAUUGGAAAAUUUCGUCGACGACAUAACCGACGAAGAGUUACUCGGUGACGUUCUCCAGAAGAGACCUAAAGUAUCUGAUGGCGUAGACACCGUCAUUAUAGUUGAUGGUGUUCCUCAAGUCAACCCCGAGCGCUUUGAAAAACUUAAAGUAGUUAUAACCAAAAUAUUCGCUCAAUUCGGUAAAAUUCUGAACGAUUACUAUCCAAAAUCAGAGAACGGUCACACUAAAGGUUACAUAUUCAUUGAAUAUGAAAAACAUGAAAGCGCAUUAGAAGCUGUUACACAAGCUAAUAACUACAAACUAGACAAACAGCACACUUUUUUAAUAAACUUAUUUUCUGACUACAAAAAAUACAACGAGAUUCCUGAAAAAUGGGAACCUCCUACUAUACAACCAUUCCCAGAAAGGCCUAAUCUACAAUAUUUCUUAAGUGAACCUGAUGCAUUUGAUCAAUAUUAUGUUUAUAAUAUAAACAAUCAUAUUGAAGUUUGGCUGAAUAGCAAUCCGCAGCCAAUAAAAUUAGUUGAACGUGAAAAAUGGACUGAAUCUCUAAUUAUGUGGUCACCUCUUGGAACAUACUUAGCAACAUUACAUAAACAAGGUGUUGUGCUUUGGGGAGGACCAAACUUUACAAAUGUUUUGAAGCUUUCACAUCGCAACGUUCAAUUUGUUGAUUUUUCUCCUUGUGAACAAUAUCUAGUGGCUUAUGCUCCAUUAGACAAUGGUGAACAAAAGUUAACCAUAUUUGAUAUUCGUACUGGGGCCGAAAAGCGAUCAUUUAUUUCAGAUGCUCCAAUGGCUGGUAAUGUACUGAGGUGGUCAAAGGAUGACAAAUAUUUUGCUCGAAUUGGGCAUAACACUUUAAGCGUUUAUGAAACUCCAUCUUUUGGUUUGUUGGAUAAAAAAAGUAUAACAGUCAAUGGUAUUCGAGAUUUUAGUUGGUCUCCUAGAGAUAAUGUACUUGCUUAUUGGGUUGCUGAAGAUAAAGAUGUUCCGGCUCGAGUAGUUCUGUUAGAAAUACCAAGCCGUAAAGAAAUUCGAGCAAACAAUUUAUUCAAUGUAGCAGAUUGUAAAAUCCAUUGGCAAAAAGCUGGUGAUUACUUAUGUGUUAAAGUUGACCGUUACGCUAAAAUAAAACGUGAAAAGGGAGAUGUAAAAUACAGUGGUAUGUAUUUUAAUUUUGAAAUAUUUCAUAUGAGAGAGAAAAAUAUACCUGUUGAUAGUGUUGAAAUUAAAGAACCAAUUCAUGCAUUUGCUUGGGAACCAAUUGGUUCAAAAUUUGCAAUUAUUCAUGGUGAACCUAGCAAUAAUAGUGUAAGCUUUUAUAAUGUGAAAUCUGGCCAAGCUCCAGUCUUAUUAAAAAAAUUGGACAAACAUUUUUGCAGUCAUUUAUUUUGGUCACCUGCUGGACAAUAUAUCGUUAUUGCUGAAAUCCGGGAUUCUGGUGCUUUAGAAUUUGUUGACACUGCAGACUUCACCACAAUGUGUUCUACAGAACAUUAUAAAGCAACUGAUAUUGAAUGGGAUCCAACUGGAAGAUACGUUGCUACAGGUGUUAGUGCAUGGAAAACUAAGGGAGAUACCGGUUAUUGGAUAUGGUCAUUCCAAGGAAGAAUAUUGAAUAGAUUCAAUACAAACACCUAUUGUCACAUGCAAUGGAGACCAAGACCCCCUACUCUUUUGAGUGCUAAACAACAAAGAGAUACCAAAAAAAGUUUGAAAAAAUACACAUCUCAGUUUGAAACAAAGGACAAAAUGCGAAUGACUAAAGCAUCUAAAGAAGUCAUUGAUAAACGUCGAAAAUUGAUCAAAGAAUUUGAAGAAUACCGCAGCAAACGUUUAGAUGAUUGGAAUAAACAAAAGGCUGAAAGAAUGGCUAUUAGAAGUCAUAUUGAUACUGAUGAACUAGAUUCAGAUGAUAAGAAUGUACAAGUAGAAAAAGUUGAAUUUUUGGUUAAAGAAGAAGUAACUGUAAUUGAUUAAGCAUUGAAUGAUUUUUAAUGUAAAUGAAA